AUGUCUACAUUCAUGCGCCAGUAUGCCAGAAACAUGGCAAGAGUUCCAGUCUCUACCAGAUUGAACGCACAGAGAUUUGCCUGUGCCAACUAUAGAUUCUACUCCGAGAAGACCAACUACAAGCAAGCAGACCAGCCAAGAUUGAGAAUCAACUCCAGCGCACCAAACUUUGAUGCUGACACAUCUCAUGGUAAGAUCAACUUGUAUGACUACUUGGGAGACUCCUGGGGUAUUCUAUUUUCCCACCCAGCUGACUUCACGCCUGUCUGUACCACUGAGAUGGGAGCUUUCGCCAAGAUGAAACCACAAUUCGACAAGAGAGGCGUCAAGUUGCUUGGACUAUCUGUCGAAGAUGCUGAAUCUCACCGCAAGUGGAUUAAGGACAUUGAAGAGAUAAAUGGCAUUGAUAAGUUCGGUUUCCCUAUCAUCGCCGACACCAAGAGACACGUUGCCUUCUUGUAUGACAUGUGCGAUGAAGAAGGGUUCGGCAAUAUCAAUGAUGGUUCCCUGACCACCGUGAGAUCCGUCUAUGUCAUUGAUCCAGCUAAGAAGAUCAGAGUCAUCUUCACUUACCCAUCGCAAGUCGGCAGAAACACUGCUGAAGUGCUAAGAGUAAUCGAUGCCUUGCAAACCGCAGACAAGCACGGCGUGGUUACACCAGGCAACUGGUCUCCAAACGACGAUGUGAUCAUCCCACCAAAGGUCUCUGACGCAGAAGCCUCUGAGAAGUUCGGUGACUUCAAGACAGUCAAGUCCUACCUACGUUACACAAAGUUGAAAUAA